GGAGCAUUGUCUGACGCUGCGGGUGGUGUCACUCGCAUAGCCUGCUGAAGGCGACGGCGAUGACCACAAGGAUUGGUCUCGAGCAGAUUGAAGCUCGACCGUGGUCGCUCCGCGUGGCAUGGCCCAUGCGCACGACGGCAGCGGCGGCGGCACGGCUUCAGAUUGGACGGCGUCGACGACGGCCAGCUGUUCGAUCAAGUCUCUCCUUGAAGAGCAUACACUCACGCGACCACCAUCACAAUGAGCGCUGCCGCAUCAUCGUCGUCGUCGUCAACAGCGCAGAAAAUACCCCCACCAUCUGAACUCAACACCCUCAAAUCACCCUCAUCAUAUGCGCCCAUCCUCGUCCGCCUUCUGGAAUGCCCAAGCUCGGUCCUUUCGCUCCUGACGACGCAGGUUGCUCAGUCGCUCGAGGAGCUGCCCGAGGAGGACAGGCCCGUCUCCUAUGAAGGGUUGCUGGAUGUAGUGCGAUUCUGCGUAGAAGAAGAGCCAGGAUGGAGUGCCGACCAGCGAGCUAUGCUGAUUGGGGGCCAUCCGAGGAUAGGAAGGCCGAACAAGAAUGUCAGCGCUGUUAGCGCUAUGGAGCAGACUGCUGGGUCGGCCAGCGAGGGUGGGGAUGAUGAGGCGACAUUUCAGCGCCUCGCCCGCCUCAACUUCCUCUACGAGCAACGCUUCCCCGGGCUCCGCUUCGUCACCUACGUGGCCGGUCGAUCACGCAAAGUAGUAGCAGACGAACUCGAGAAGCUACUUGGUCCCAGUGUCGCCAAGCUCACACCGCCAGAAGAUGCAGUGACAGCGGCAUUGAGCGAGGGCAGCGGCGCAUCCUCCUCCUCGACUUCCAGCGCGAGCGCGUGGCCCGACUUUCCCUCCUCCGAAAUCCGUCCACCAUCAACCGACGAAUGGCAAGCAGAACUCACAAGAGCAGAAGGAGCACUCUGGGAAAUAGCAGGCGAUCGAGCCAAGAAGCUCGAGAGCGAAGUGGCCUCCGGCAAAGUCAUUACCGUCGACAUGCCAGUGGAAGGGGCCGCCUCUACGACCACCUCGUCAAAUCCGGGCCUCACCAUCUCACCACCAGAUGGCGCUACCAGCUCGUCAUCAGAGACUGCGUCCUUCGACACCCCCUUCCUCUCCGAAGCAACCUUCCGAGCCCUUGUCCUCGCCUCGCCCAUCCUGCACGACUUCUUCGAGUCGGACCUGCCGGCCUCCUUCGCCCUUCGCCCGGCAAGUAAGGUGCCCGCGUCGACCAAAGACGCUCUCCUUUCUGCAUUCAAUGACGUCUCAUCGCAGGGAACAAAGGGCGUGACGAGAGAGAGAGUGAAGGGCUUGCUCGGUGGACUGCUGGGAGAUGUAGCUGACGCGGUAGGUGGGAGAGUCGGAGGCACGACCGUCAGCGGGCCCAAACCCAGUUUUGCCAAGUCGGCCGGACCAGGAGGGAUGGGCGGUCUCUCCCUCGAAGAAGCGGCUCGAACGCAAGCAGGUGGUCGUCUUGCCCCGGUAUCCCCUGCGGCCCUAUCUGCAAAGCGCAGCAUGCAGUCCAUGCGCACUGCGUCGACCGAAGAGGAGGAGCGUCGCGCACACGAUGCGGCGGAUGAGGUUCGUCGGGCACACGAGGCGUUGGAGCGCAGUAGACGUGACGCGGAGAAGCAGCAAUUCGUCAUCGAUGCUCCUGGCGAGGAAGGGGGUGGCGUGGACGAGACGAUCGAUGAUGAUGCGGCGGAGGAGGCUGAUGCGGAUUUGCUUGGCGAGGGGGAGAGGAAGGAGCAGGGCAAGUUGACCGGGAGGGAGGCACAACUGGCCAAGGAUCUGAGGAUGGCAGAGGCACAAUGAUGCGGGACUACUCUAGACGAUGCCAUGCUAUUUGCUAUCUCGACAGAAGGGUCCUUAGACAUUCAUUGCUCUAUGCCCGCUUUGACACUAGCUCCCAUGCUUCCAGAGCGAAAUUCGCCCGUCCUUUCCCGCUACAGCGGCCAGAAUGGCAUCGUCUGCCGAGCGGGCUAGCGCGACGGCCUGUACAGACUCCUUGUGGUAGCGCAGUACGGCGAUGAUUUCAGCGUCGUACGAGUCAGCGGCCGGCGAGGCGCGAUAGAGCCGUGCCCGCCCGUCCCAGCCCCCUACGAUGAAGAUGUGCGCCGACUCGUCUUCCUUCGCAU